AUGAAUCCUUCACUUUCUGAAACUUACUUUAUCAUGAGCUUUCUUAGUGGUCUCAAGGAAGAGAUUGGUAGAUCUGUCUCUAUGUUUCACCCUUCCACUCUUUCUGAAGCUUUCUCUUUAGCUAGAUUGCAAGAGCAGAAGGUCAAUAUUGCAUCUACAGCUACUAAGCCUCUCACUAGAUCAUUCAAUCUCUCCUUCCAAUAUAACAAAAAAUUUUCAUCACCCAAUUUUCCUCCUAUACCAAUUAUUACCUCACCUAAAUCUGCACCAAUGACACCAAAAUCCUUUUUUCCUCCUCCAUCUAAAUCCAGUUCUGCUAGCACUACCAUUAAGAGUCUAACUCCAGAAGAAAUGCAGAAGAGGAGAGACCAAGGUUUGUGUUACAAUUGUGAUUCAGUUUAUAAGCCAGGCCACUUUUGCAAAGGAAAACAAAAUAUAUUUAUGCUCCAACUGGACACUUCUGAGUCCCUUGAUACUGAAGAAGAGAAAGAGGUAUUUGAGGAAGUCGUUGAGUCUCCACUCACCUCUGAUGUUGAGAUAUCACUUCAUGCUCUCACUGGCACUGUUACAGGUGACACCAUAAGAAUUCCUGGCAUUCUCAACAAGCAGCAGGUAUCCAUCCUAAUCGACUCUGGUAGCACCACUAGCUUUAUUGACAGCAAUUUAGCUUCUACACUUUACUGUAUUAUUACUCUUACUGCUCCUAUGUUAGUCACUAUUUCCAAUGGAGACAGAACAACUAGCACUGGCAUCUGUUCUCAGCUUCAAUGGAGUAUGCAGGGACACAAAUUUGUAGAAGAUUUGAGAAUCUUACCCUUGGGAGGUUGUGAUAUUGUCUUGGGAGCAGAUUGGCUGAGAAAGUUAGGUGAUGUACUUUUUAACUUCUCUAAACUCAGUAUUUCCUUUAUGUACCACAAUAAUAAGAUCACCUUACAAGGAGUUACUCCUAACAAUACUUUACUCAUGAUGAGUGACUCAGAUGCUAAGAAAUUCUUUACAAACACUACUCAUGGUGUUGUAGCUCACUUAUAUUCUAUUUCUGCUACUACACCACCCACUACCACCCCUGCACCUCUUCUACCCUUACUUCAGGAGUUCACUGAUAUUUUUAAAGAACCUACCACACUGCCCCCUAAAAGAAGCCUAGAUCACACAAUUCCAUUACAACCAAAUUCAACUCCUAUCAACCAAAGAGCUUACAAAUGCCCAUACACACAAAAUUCAGUGGUGGAACAACUAGUUCAAGAAAUGUUGAAUUAUGGUAUUAUUCAGCCUAGCCACAACCCAUUUGCUUCCCCUAUACUUUUGGUGAAAAAGAAAGAUGGUUCUUGGAGGUUUUGUGUAGAUUAUAGGACGCUCAACAACAUUACUGUCAAGGACAAAUUUCCCAUACCCAUUAUUGAUGAGUUAUUGGAUGAACUGAAAGGUGCAGUUAUUUUCACAAAAAAUGAUCUUAGAGCUGGCUAUUUUCAGAUCAGAGUUAAUGACUUGGACAUUUUCAAAACUGCAUUUAGAACAUAUCAAGGCAAUUAUGAGUUCAAAGUUAUUCCAUUUGGCCUCACCAAUGCCCCUGCCACAUUCCAGGCCCUCACGAAUGAAAUCUUUCAACCAUUUCUCAGAAAAUUUGUGUUGGUAUUCUUUGAUGAUAUCCUCGUUUACAGUUCUAGUAUGUCUGAGCAUUUGGAGCACCUCAGGUUGACUUUCUCAGACAAUAUCAACUAUUUGCAAAGCAGUCUAAAUGUUGUUUUGGUCAACAAUCCCUAG